UACAAACUGCAGUAGCUGUACUAUGGCGGGGGUGAGACAGGACCCGGUUGGUGCGGAGAGAAGCAUGGCGCGGAUUUCCUCCCCCACCCCGUCUGGCCUGAGUGUGGGGUCGUACUACAGUAUCAACGGUACUGGUACUGGAGAAACCCUCCUGGAGAUGGUGCAGACAGCCAAGCAAGAACCAGCACAAAGACCAGAAAUUCUGGAAAGGAUUUACUCUAUAUUGGAAGAAACGAAUGGCAGAGCCAUGUACAAGGGAGACCGUAAGGGAAACACGGCCCUUCACCAUGCGGUGUACGAUGACUGCCUCCCCAUACUCACCGUCAUGCUGAAGUACACCACCAGCCCGGCAUUCACCACCAGGAACAAUAAAGGCAUGUCUCCUCUGGACCAGGCAUGCAGGGAUGGACAGGUGAAAGCUCUAGUUGCAAUCCUGGAAAGUUUGGCGGAUCCAGCGUAUUUGCUGAAUAAAGCAGACAAGAGUGGCAAGACCCCACUACACUAUGCUGCCAGACAGGGUCAGCUCGAUGCAGUCGGUAUACUGUUCUCCUACGGUGUGGAUGCCACGAUGACUGGGGAUGGGGAGUGGCACAGGACUCCGCUGCACAAGGCUGCUAGGAAGGGGAACUCUGCCAUCGCUGACCUGCUGUUGAACCGGUGUCCCAGUCUACUGGACAUGCAGGAUGAUAAGGGCUACACUGCACUGCACGUAGCAGCAAGAGAUGGGCAUACAGACUUUGUUAAGUCUCUGUUGAAUGGUGGUGCAAAUGUGGAGCUGAGGACAGCAGCUGAUUGUACAGCCCUGCAGCUGGCUGUCAGAAAAGGGGAGGAUGCCCGACAGAAGAUCAUCGAAAUGUUGUCCUGUGUAACUGAGGAGCCUGCAGAAAAACUGACCCACCCUGGACAGGCUGUGGGCAUCAAGAACAAGGCUCUCCAGUCAGGAGACCUGAGGCACCUGGCCUGGGCACUCAAGCAACCCACUGUCAACCCUGAUGAUCUGAAUGAAGAUGGACUAUCUUCACUCCAUGUCCUGUGCAUCAUGGGGCACCAGCAGGCAACCAAGCAGAUCGACCUUCUCAUCAGAGCAGGUGCUGAUAUAAACCUGGCAGACAAGCGAUCCUACACGCCCCUGCACUAUGCCAUCACCAAUGGACACACAGCAAUCACCAAGCACCUCCUGACCAAUCAGGCGGACCAUCGCCUAGCAACCAAAGAAGGAUUGACAGCUCUGCACCUGGUGGCUGAGAAGAGACACAGCUCAGACCUGAAGAUGUUGAACAUUCUGCUACCGUAUGUGGCCAGUAGUGAUAUCAACAGGCAGGAUAAGGAGGGAGACACGCCAUUACACGAGGCUUGUCAGACAGGUAACGUGCCCAUAGUGGAGGCCUUGGUGACUGUAGGAGCAGACGUCACCAUCACAGAUGCCAUGGGGAGGACUCCGCUUCACGAGGCUGCUCUCUGGGCUACAGGGGAACAUGUCGAGGCUAUCAUAGAAUCACUUUUAGAAGCAGGUGCAAACAUGGACCAACCUGACAAGGAGAAAUGUACCCCACUCCACCUAGCAGCUCGGAUGGGGAACUGCAGUGCAGUAAAGCUGCUGAUGUCACAUGGUGCAGACCCAAGCAAAGUAGACAAGGAAGGGAACACACCGUACCAGCUAGUGUUGAGUAAGGGUCACAGUAACUCUGCAGAGAUGUUUGCAGCCCUGACCUCAACCCCUGGCGGAGCAGCUGCCAUCAACAGCAUACCCGAGGAGGGCCUUACACCACUGCACAAGACAGCCGAAGAGGGCAGACCAGAGGUGAUGCGGGACCUGAUGCUGGCAGGAGCAGACCCAACCAUCCGGGUGGGUGACAACAUGGAGACGCCCAUCGAGACUCUGUACCGACCCUUCCUGUAUGGCUCACGAUACGACCAUCAGGUUGCAAACGACUUGCAGGCGGCAAAGAUGCUGUGUGAGACCCAAGUCAUCCUGGCAACUCCCUCCCCCAUCCUCACAGCCUUGCACUUACGGGAUGUGUUCAAGGAACUGUCACAUGUGAAACAGGACAUCCGACCUGACUACAAGGACCUUGCCGGUCAGUGUGAGUCCCUGGCUGCAGCCCUGCUGGAGGAGUGUUACAGCAUGGACCAGGCCAGGGUCAUCCUGAUGGAGAACAACGCUCACAUCUUCAGACUCGCUUUUACCAAGAAGCACAAACAGUUUAUGGCCACCACCUUCGUCCAGCGCUUGCUACGUGAGCUGUGGUACGACAGACUCCUCCCUAUUGUCCAGUCCAAACCUGCGUGGCUGCUGGUCCUUAUCUACAUCUCCUCCCUGAUCCUCCUGCCACUGGCAGGCCUGGGGUACGGUCUCCUGUACAUCUGUGGGACCUGUACUGCAUGUGGUAAUGAAGAGGAAGGAACAGGCUGUUACAGAUGCAAAUGGAGAGACAACUUUCACAGAUAUUUCAGUUUCAUUUUUGUGGACUGUCGACAUAGUGCGCUCAUUAAGUUCUGGGCCAACCUGAUGUCGUAUCUGGUGUUCAUCUGUAUCCUGGUCAUCCAGUGUGGGAGACCCUUCCAGGUGAAUGCCCCCCUAGAAGUGGUGGACUACAUACUGACCCUCUGGCUGGCAGGACAGCUGCUGCAGGAGGCCAAACAGAUGGUGGAGGCUCCCAGCUUCCUCCUGUACAUCACCAACUCUGCCAACUCUGUGGACCUGGUCAUGUUCCUCCUGCUCAUCACCAUCACAUUCUGCCAGGUCCUGGUGGAGUUCACUCGACAGAUGAUAGGUGAUGCGACAGUAGCAGUGGAUCUCCAGAUUGUGGCUGAGAUCUGCACAGCUCUGGUUACCAUAAUCGCCUUCAUGAGACUCACCUACUAUGUCCAGGUACAUGAGACAUUUGGUCCCCUUCAACUGUCGUUCAUCAAGAUGAUCAAGGAUGUCAUCCUGGUGCUGAUCGUACUGAUGGUUGUACUGGUCGCCUUCAGCUGUGGGGUGGUGGAGGUGUACUCCACAGCAGUGUUGGCAGGUGUGAACAUCACAGAGAAGGCCUCCGCUGUGGACACCACCCUACCAGCUGGGGUGCCUCACGUGGUACAGGGGAUAUCCUCUGCCCUCCCUGAGCUGUUCUGGGCCCUGUUUGGCCUGUCUGACAUCGACAACUUCAGGACCAGCUUCCUGCCCGCCAACUACAUGGGCCAGUCACUCGUCAUGCUGUACCUGCUGAUCGCUGUCAUUGUUCUACUCAGCAUGCUCACUGCCAGGAUGAGCGACACCUAUAAUACCAUCAGGGAAAGUGCCAGUGUGGAUUGGAACUUUGCACGUGCGGAGUUGGUGAUGGAGUUCCGUGGAUACGAUGACCUUCCCGUGCCCUUGAACCUGCUGAUGGGGCUGCAAACGUUGGUGACGUCAGCAGUCCAACUUGUUAGACGGUUCAGUGGAGAGGAUCAAACUGACAGUACAUCAUUUGAGCUCAGAAACAACCUCAAUCUCCCAUCUUUUGAAACAUUUGAUGCCAGCCAGCCAUCCACAGCUGAGGAAAUUUAUGCCGUUAUCCGUAAAGAGUUCAUGCUGCCGACUGACACGUCAGGAGUCAACCAGAUGUCCAGCAUCCAGGACAAGAUGACCACAAGGUUACAGAAUCUUCAGAAGGACCUCAGCUUGGUGACUAAGGAGGUCAUCAAGGCAGGGAUGGCAGACAACAAGGAAAUGCUGAAGCUAGAAGACAGAAUCUCGGCUUUACAGACACAAGUACAGCAGCGUUUGAACCAAAUCAAACCUAGACAUAAGUGAUAUUGUACGGGAUAUUGUGUUGGGCGUGUGUGCAGUGUCCGUAUCUGUGUUUGUGUUUGUACAGACAUCAGUGACAAGCAUAGCUUAAGCGGCUAGGGUUGGGUUCUAAUGUACAAAGGUAAUGAUCAAUUAUGGGACUUUUGGCAUCUUUCUAUGGUAUUGCAACCACACUUCCCAGUUUUGCAUCUGUUGUCUUGGUCUUGAUUUUUGGCAUGACAGAUUAUAAGCUUAGAAGUUAAGAAGAGGUGAUGUAGUGUGUAUUUGCCCUAUAGUAUUAUGUGCUAAUAAAAAAAAUUACCAAUUGACAGGUUUUGCUAUAUAUCGCAAACCUGUAAUUAUUGUUCAUAGAGGUUGACAUACCUAAGAAUAACACAAAUUUUGUGUGAAUCUUGAAAGCAGAAUAACAUACAUGUACACAUAGCUUUAAAUCUUAUACUUAGUAUUGGUACAGGUGAUGCAUGAUGCAUAACUGUCUACAACAUGUACUAUAUGUAUGUACCUUUAGCAAAUAAGACUAGUCCAUAAGGAGUAUAGAACCAGACUACUCUUUAUGAAAUAUAUUCUAACAGCUAUAUCAGAUAUACUCUUUACGAAACAUAUGCUAAAAGCUAUAUCAGAUGUACAUGUAACGUUAUUACACAAUGUUUUUUUUUCGCAUUUAAAUGGCACUUAGAUAAAUAUAUCGCUUAUCAUUAAAUAUCUAACGUCAUUACACGUCAUCUAGCUUAUCCUGUUACUACUUGAAAGAUGAGAUAUUACUAACGUUACAUGUCCUACUGUCUGAAGUGACCUAAAUCUAAAAUACUUCUUACAAUGGACUGUAUUGUGUUGAAAGUGAAACAAUAUAUUUGAAUAGAGACCAUAGCCAAGUCGGAAAUCUGACGAAGGCUAUUUAAACUUAUUGUUGUAAAACAACAAUGGAGUUAAAGACAUAUUCUGGAACAGAGUCGGUCUUUCUAAAUGGUUGUUCUUGACAACUGCCGGUGAUAUAAACAAACUUGUCCUUCUCCGAUCAGCAACACGAAUUUAGGAGACUUUCAAUAUCCUGAAAUCCUCCGUUGCGUUGAGACUGGCACAACACGAGGCGUCCCAGAUGUGUAGCCUACCUGCGUGCAGUCCCGACAUCACGCUGACUGAGGCGGCCUCCCAUUUUACAAGAUAGAAUGCCAGGAACACCAUUGUUUUAGAACAAUAAACGCAACAUAUUUCAGAACAGUUUUAGUUGUUCUUGACAACAACGUGUGUGCUUCAACACAAAACUGGUUGUUGUUCUAUGUUGAAUAAAACGAAUUUUCGAAGCAUUUCAGAGACUUUCAGCAUACUAAAAUCCUUAAUUGUGUCGACACCUGAACAAGACGAAGCGUCCCAUAUGUCUACUCUAUCGGUGUUGAAUCCCGACAUCAAGCUAACUAAGGCGGCCUCCCGGCCGUCGCUUGGCAACUGUGUCCGUCAGCUAGCCGACAGCCUGGCAGAUGUAUCCUGGAUGAACAGCGAUGAGAUCGACACUGAAGUAGGGGACCUGAUGGAAAACCCUCAUGCAGAGCCUCAGGACAUCACGAGCAGUGAUGAUGAUAGUGAGUCCGACUCAGAUAACCAAUUUGAAGAUGAAGACACCAGUUCAGACAGUGAAGAUUCACCAUCAUCUAAAUUCUAUGAGGCGACCAAGAUCCCUUUUGCCGAU